UUGAAUUAGAAGACCGUUGAAGUCCCUUCCAGAUUUAAAUUCUGAAACCAGAUCUGGGUGGCAGUGGAAAAGUGGGGAAGGGGCUACCAGCCUCUUUCCAUUUUCCCAUAGGUACUCAGUUCCUCCUUCCCAAGGUCAGCCACUCUUCUUUUCCCAUCUCCUGGAGCUCCAGAAGAAGUAGGUUGGAGGGACUGGUUGGGGUAUGAGAUGGUGAAGAUGAAGGAAGUUGAAGAGAAGGGGUCAGGGGACGAAGGUAACUUAGAACUCUCACUCGUCGGGGAUUAAAAACAAAAAGCAAAAAACCUCCACCCCACCCCCACUUUUAGAAAGGAGUCCUUAAUACAUUAUUCAUUGGCCAGAGACCGGCUGCAGCUAAAGUGCUGAUGUCAGGAAGGAGUCAGUUCAGCAAGCAAGAUCAGCAGCAGCCCCAGGAACAGUAGCAGCAGCGGCGGCAGCAGCAGCCGCGGCGGCGGCAGUGGCAGUGGCAGCCGCCUCCCUCUUAGCUGCAGCCAGAGCCCUGGCUACCACCGGAGCCUGGAGGCAGAAAGAGCCAGCGUUGGGGUGGGGGGCCGAGGAGCAGCAUGCUGCUCGGCUGCGGCUUCGGCUCCUAUACCCGCUGCUUCCACCCCUCGAGUAGCAGCAGCAGCAGCAGCAGCGGCGGCAGCAGCAUCAAAGGCAGCGUGAGCGGGCGCGGCUGCAGCGUAGGCAGCAUCCUGAGCAGCAGCAGCAGCAGCGGCGGCGGGAGCGGCAGCGCCAGGACGCAGGGGCCGCGGGCGCAGGGGCCAGCGGCCGGGGCAUGGCUCUGCUGAGGGGCUGCGGCGGCGGCAGCGGCGGGUCGCUGCUGCUGCUGCUGCUGGCCGCCGCGUGCCUGCUGCAGCGCGCCCAGGUGAGGCGGCUGGUCCGCUGCCCGGCCACUUGCAGCUGCACCAAGGAGUCCAUCAUCUGCGUCGGCUCCUCCUGGGUACCCAGGAUCGUCCCCGGUGACAUCAGCUCCUUGAGCCUGGUAAAUGGAACAUUUUCUGAAAUCAAGGACCGAAUGUUUUCUCAUCUGCCUUCCUUGCAAUUGCUUUUGCUGAAUUCUAACUCAUUCACGGUUAUACGAGAUGAUGCCUUUGCUGGCCUCUUUCAUCUGGAGUACCUAUUCAUUGAAGGAAACAAAAUUGAAACCAUUUCAAGAAAUGCAUUCCGUGGGCUCCGUGACCUGACUCACCUCUCUUUGGCCAAUAACCACAUAAAAACACUUCCAAGGGAUGUCUUCAGUGAUUUAGAUUCACUGAUUGAACUAGAUUUAAGGGGCAAUAAGUUUGAGUGUGACUGCAAAGCCAAGUGGUUGUAUUUGUGGUUAAAGAUGACAAAUUCCACUGUUUCUGAUGUCCUGUGUAUUGGUCCACCAGAAUAUCAGGAAAAGAAGUUAAAUGAUGUGGCCAGUUUUGAUUAUGAAUGCACCACUACAGAUUUUGUGGUACAUCAGACUUUGCCCUACCAGUCUGUUUCUGUGGAUACAUUCAACUCGAAGAAUGAUGUCUUUGUGGCCAUUGCACAGCCCAGUAUGGAAAACUGUAUGGUCUUAGAGUGGGACCACAUUGAAAUGAAUUUCAGAAGCUAUGACAAUAUUACAGGUCAGUCCAUAGUGGGAUGUAAAGCAAUCCUGAUCGAAGACCAGGUCUUUGUGGUGGUGGCACAGCUUUUUGGUGGCUCGCACAUAUACAAGUAUGAUGAGAGCUGGAGCAAGUUUGUCAAAUUCCAAGACAUUGAAGUUUCCCGGAUUUCAAAGCCCAACGACAUAGAGCUGUUUCAGAUCGACGAUGAAAGGUUCUUUGUCAUUGCAGAUAGCUCCAAAGCUGGUUUGUCGACCGUUUAUAAAUGGAAUAGCAAAGGAUUCUACUCUUACCAAUCUCUGCAUGAAUGGUUCAGGGACACAGAUGCUGAGUUUGUUGACAUAGAUGGAAAAUCCCAUUUAAUUCUUUCCAGUCGUUCACAGGUCCCUAUCAUACUGCAGUGGAAUAAAAGUUCUAAGAAGUUUGUCCCACAUGGUGACAUUCCCAAUAUGGAGGAUGUAUUGGCCGUGAAGAGCUUUAGAAUGCAGAACAGCCUAUACAUUUCCCUUACUCGCUUCAUUGGGGACUCCAGAGUCAUGAAAUGGAAUAGUAAGCAGUUUGUGGAGAUCCAGGCUCUCCCAUCCCGAGGGGCCAUGACCCUACAGCCCUUUUCCUUUAAGGAUAAUCACUACCUAGCACUGGGAAGUGACUACACCUUCUCCCAAAUUUACCAGUGGGAUAAGGAGAAGCAGAUCUUCCAAAAGUUUAAGGAGAUCUAUGUGCAGGCACCUCGCUCAUUCACGGCCGUAUCCACAGAUAGACGAGAUUUUUUUUUCGCUUCUAGUUUCAAAGGAAAAACACAAAUAUUUGAACAUAUAAUUGUGGAUUUGAGCUUGUGAAGGCAUAAGGAGUGAGUUUACCAUACAGUGACAUUGGCUCUUAAGAGAGAAAGAGAAGAACAGAGCCACAGCUCUGACCGGGGAAGUGGUUAGAGGUUUUCAGAAUUUGUAGAACUCACAUUUUUAAUCAGGGAUUGCAUUUACUUGGCUAACUGCAUGACAUGUCCACUCUCAUUUUAAAAGAUAUUUGAAAGCCUGUAAUUAUUGAGAAAAGCUUGCAGCCUAUUAGUAUUAACUCUUACCAUCAAGAAAGGAAAUGUGAUAUUUUUUUUUUAAAUAAAGGAGGAGAAAAUUGGAUCAUAAUGGGACAGCUCUGAUAACUAAAUGAAAAAUUGGGGAACUCUCCAUUUCACCUUAGUGAUUGUUUCAGUAAGAAUGCUUAAAGCAAAAGUCAGCCAAAACAUUUGCUGAUGAUUCAUAUAAAAUCUUAUAAUGUCAACACUCAGCAAAGAUAUUUUGGGCCAUCUUGGCUUCCCCAAAUCAACGUCCAGCCUUCUUUUGUCCUUCUUUGAAUAAAACAAAGGAUAUUGUUUCAAUUCACACUGAUGUGACAUACUAGGAAGGGUAACUCUAUAGUAUUUGAAAUUUUUUGUGUGUCUACUACUCAAGGAAAAAUCAUCAACAUCUCAGAGCCCUGGAUGUGUUAGAGGCUUGGCAGGAACACCAAGGUUCUUUCAGCCUUCCAUUAGAGCUUCACAAUUGGCCUGGAUAGAGACCAGAAGUAUUUAGUGGUAGCUUGUGAGAGCUAAAAUGGUUGAAUUUAGCUAAGUUCCUAGUAUCCACUCACCCCAAAUCUUCCCUUGAGUUUGUUGGGUAACCCAACUGACAGGCCAAAGAUGAAAUGAUGCCAUAUAUGUGGCCCUCAGAGAGAUGAAUUCUGGGGGAGGGGGGCAGGCACCUCCAUCCACUGCUGGUAAUCAUUCUAUAGAUUUUUUCUAAAAGAGAUUUGUCCUAAGAGAAUCACGUUAAAUGAUAGGGGAUCCUCCAUGAAAGACAGCUUGCUUAGAAAGUCACAGACAGUGCAGUCCUUUGUUUUUUGCAUGUUCCCCUUUCCCCCUACCAGAUGAUAUACCCCUCUAAUAUAUGUAUGCAUAUCCACAUGUAUCUAUAGUUCUGCUUGGAGUUUGAUGCUGCUGCUGUUAGCAAUACAGUGAGCUGCUGACUCAUCUUUUCUGCUUCUCUCCACCCCCACGGGUCCCUGACAUAAGGUGCUGCAAGUGCCAGACUGGGAAAGUCCCAGAUCCCCUCAACAAGCAGAGUUCUUUCCUGGCUUAGUAUUAGCAAUGCUUAAUAACUACGAUCACAACAACCAACUUAUGGGGUUAAAGAGUGCCCAGAGGCUUAUCCCCCUCCAGUUCAGGGAGGAGAGAAUGGAGCACGGGGCCCUUAGGCUUAUCACAAGGGACUGUAUAUUGAGCCAGAUGAGCUGAGUCAUAGAGACCAGUUCCAUGCUUCACAGGACCAAGUUGUCCCCGAUCAAAAUAAGCCUUUUUGGACUCAUAAUGAAGUUUUUCUUUUCUAUCCUCUGGUCCCAGUUUUGUGGAGGAUUCUCAUUGGAUGCUCUGCAUGGUUAAUGGCAUUUACGACUCUAGUUUUCUUUGAAAUAUAUCAGGCAAGAUUUUUAAAAGACUGCCUAUAUAAAGGGAAACCAACCACCUCUGUUCCAGCCAUGAAGUUAGUACAAUAUUAUUGCACUAGGUUUUUUUUUAAGUCCAUUUGCCAAGUCAUGGGUAGGUAGCAACUUAGCUACAAAUAUGAGUGUUUACUGCCUAUAAACAGUGAUCUGUAGGCAGCAGCCCUUAGGAGGGUGAUGCCAUGAUGUUCUAGCAGCACCCUUGGGUGCACUAGGAGACUGCAGGCAAAGAGUUUCUAGCCCAGAAGAUGAGUGGAUCUAAUGAACCAGCCCACAUAUAACCAGAAGUGUUACCACUUUGACAUUUAUUUCCAGCCGAGCACUAAAUUAAUGCACAAGAAGUCCGCUUUCAUUUUUUCCCCUAAGCAUAUUUUAGAUUUCUUAUUUCACCGAUUAAGUUUUAUCUUCUGUGUUUUAUUUGAAUUGAUGACACAAGCCCCAGAAGUUUCCUUGUCUCCCUUGACCCUGGGAGGUAGGAGCACCUGGGUCACUCUUCAGCUCUCUCACUAGCUGUAAAGAUGGCUAGUGGAUACUUCUUAAUUCUGGGUACCAAUCAGUCCAGCUCACGUAGCAAACCAGGCAAGUAGAAAGGCAAUGUUUUUUUUUUUUAAAGACUCCAUGCCCCAGCUCACUCACUCCAAUAUUUUGUAUUCCAGCUGCUAAUUAUGGGCACACCUGUAGAGGCAUCAUCUCAUAGCAUGCCUCAACUGACUGAUUUCCCACUUCCCUUUCUGACAGCAGAAAAUAGGAGUCUCAAUGUGCCACUCAAUGUGGAUCACCAAGAAUGAAAGAAGUACUGAUUUUCUUGACAGCAGAUGAGCAUUAGUGAGUAAGGGGAAAUAUUUGUAAGUCAAGUAGAUGACAGAGUAGAUAGAGCACUGGACUUGUGAUUAAGAAGAGAAAGAUAAGUUCAAAAUCCUGCCUAAGAUACUUCCUAGCUGUAUGACCCUGGGCAAAUCACUUACCUUCUCUCAGCCUCAG